UUGUACUAUUUUCUUUUUUCUUUUCCUCUUUGUUCUGAUUGGCAAGUCGCCCCAAACAUUCUGAGAAGUCGUCGUCGAAAAUGGCAAGCACACCACCUGCACAAAAUGUCGUUAUAGACACCUCAUCACUCUCACCAUCCACAACAUCAUCAGUAUGGGAUCGCAUUUCCAACUGGGUAUCUGAAAAUAAAGCAGUUGUUUAUACAGUUGCUGGUAUUGCUGUGGUUGUGACUGGUGGAACAGUGUACUAUCUUUCAACAAGUUCAUCAAACAGACCUCAAGAACCUGCACAGCCAAAGAAGAGCAAGAAUCAAAGACGAAAGGAAAAGAAGAAGGCUGAGGAGGAGAAGAAGAAGGCGCAAGAAGCCAAGACUGCUGAGGAGGUCAAAUCAGCCAAGGUCGAAGAUGUCGACGAGAUCCCAGAGGUGGAUGAGAGCACAGUGGACUCAUUGUCCGAAGAGACACGGAAAGCAUACGCCGCUAAACUCAAGGCCGCCGGAAACAAGGCAUACGGAUCGAAGGACUACAACCGCGCCAUUGAACUGUACGGAAAGGCUAUCUUGUGCAAACCAGACCCCGUCUUCUACUCGAACCGUGCCGCUUGCUGGAAUGUCUUGUCCGAAUGGGAGAAAGUGGUUGAGGAUACUAGUGCAGCUCUUGCCAUGGACAGCGAAUAUUUGAAAGCCCUCAACCGCCGAGCUAUUGCUUACGAGCAUCUGGAGAAAUAUGAUAGCGCGCUUCUCGAUUUCACCGCUAGCUGUAUUAUCGAUCAAUUCACAAACCGCCAGAGCCGCGAGUCCUUGGAAAGACUUUUGAAGAAAGUUGCAGAGAAGAAAGGCAAAGCAAUCAUGGAAGCAAAGGGAAAGAGACUACCCGGUGCAACCUUUGUCGGCAACUACCUUCAGAGCUUCCGCCCCAAGCCGAUCCCCGCUGGUCUUGACUCCGAGGAUCUCGAUGAGGAAACGGGCAAAGGACAGUUACGUAAGGGUUAUUUGGCGCUGGAGAAGAAGACGGCUGAAGGAUAUGAUGAGGCUUCUCAAGCGUUUGGGAAGGCUCUUGAAUUGGGCGAUUUGGGCGAAUAUGAAGGUGAUGCAUUGAAUAUGCGUGCCACCUUCACCUACUUGCAGGGUAAUGCUCAGGGUGCUCUGGAGGACCUCAAUAAGAGUAUUCAAGUCCAACCAGCACUGACCCAGAGUUACAUUAAGCGUGCUAGCUUGCAUCUUGAACUGGGAAACAAAGAAGGUGCUGUUGAUGAUUUUGAGCUCGCCAUCGCCCACAACAAAGACGACCCCGACAUCUACUACCACCGCGCACAACUUCACUUUAUCCUCGGUGAAUUUGCCGAAGCCGCCAAGGAUUACCAAAAGUCGAUUGACCUCGACCCAUCGUUCAUUUACUCCCACAUCCAGCUCGGUGUAACUCAAUAUAAGCUCGGCUCCGUUGCAUCCGCCAUGGCUACAUUCAAGCGAUCGGUGAAGAAGUUCGAGAACGUGCCGGAUGUUUACAACUACUACGGUGAGCUCCUCCUCGACCAGCAGGAUUAUCAGGGGGCUAUUGAGAAGUUCGACAAGGCUGUGGAAAUGGAGAGCAAGAUUAAGCCCACAGCAAUCAAUGUUUUGCCUCUGAUCAACAAGGCUCUUGGUAUCUUCCAGUGGAAGCAGGAUUUCAAGGAGGCCGAGAGUCUGUGCCAGAAGGCUUUGAUCAUUGACCCUGAAUGUGAUAUCGCUGUCGGCACAAUGGCCCAACUUCUCUUGCAACAAGGUAAGGUCGCCGAAGCUCUCAAGUACUUCACCCGGGCCGCGGAGCUAGCCCGCACCGAGGGCGAAGUGAUUAACGCCAUUUCCUAUGCCGAGGCCACCCGCACACAGCUCGAAGUCCAGGAGAAAUAUCCUCAACUAGCAGCACGUCUGCAGACUAUGGGUGCUGGUUUCAGCGGUCCUCCAGGCAUGUAAGUGGUGGCCACUAGAAGAAAAGUUUUGCACAGACGCUGGAGACUUUGUUUCCUCUCUCUUCUCCUUACCUCUAGACAUCGUUCUUCAUGACUAUAUAUCUUCGGUCAUCCUACAGUGCCAUCAUCUCAUCGAUCCUUUGCCUGCAAUUCUCUUCCGAGUUUGAUCACCAUAUCUACUGUUUUUAAUCUUGUUCUUUUUCGUGUAAUACCUUUGGGAGUCAAACCCGACUCUUUCUUUCAUUUUUUUUUAUUUAUUUCUAGUUCCCUGCUUCUCCGUGUCGUUUUUAUGUCUGUUGUGUGUCGACCACGGUUCACUUGUUCCGUUAGUCGACGACUCCUCCGUUAUUGUUCAGCGUAUGGAUAUGGUCAGCAAACUGAGCGAUCGAUGAGAUGAUUGUGAUAUGAGGGAUCGAUCGAUUGGUGGAUAUGCACUGAAGAAUUCUUCCUGUUUUUGUACUAUACGCAAAUUGAAAUUGAAAUAAUUUUGGACUAC